GGUGGACUGUUAUGCUCCAAUCCACAGUCUCUGUCCAAGCGCGCUCGAUUACCUUUCAAAAUGAUCAACAAAUUUCGGUAUAAAAAACCCGCCAACAAGGAUAAUAGUGCCAGUGAUAAGGAUAAUAAAAAUCGCGACAAUGUGGCGAAGUGCGGUGAGUUCAACGACGACACCCUCAGGAGGAGGAAAGACAAGAAGGACAACAGUGGUAAAGGUGAAACGAAGACGGACACGCUAAAAAAGGAUAAAAGCGGAGGAGUACUAGAUGACCAGACCAAGAAGCAGCUUCACGAGCUGUUUUCCCAGCUACAGUUCUCCACUGAAACUGCGCUGCCUCCCGAUGCUCUCCGCAGGGCUCUAGCUGAAAGCUUCUUCGACCAGAACCGUUUUCAGCUCGGUUUCAUGGACGAUGCAGCUGAAUGCUUCGAGAACAUGUUGCUACGCAUCCAUACCCACAUCGCCCAAGGGGAAGCCGAAGAUAUGUGCAACGCGAGGCACUGCAUCCCUCACCAGAAAUUUGCCAUGACCCUGGUUGAGCAGAGCGUAUGUGGAUCUUGUGGAGCUACGUCAGAACCACUGUCGUACACACAGAUGGUCCACUAUGUUUCUACAUCCACACUCGUCUAUCAAGUAAGAACCAAUGCAGGGCGACCCAAUCCCCCAGAUCCAUUUGGCCAACUUUUGAGAAAAGCAGGAAGCAUGGGAGACGUACGCACAUGUCCAAGUGCAUGUGGUGCAGUUAUCCAAAUUGGAAGAACACUCAUGAAUCACCCUGAAAUCGUUUCCAUUGGAUUGGUAUGGAAUUCCGAAAGGCCAACCCUUGAACAUAUCAUGGAAGUGUUUUCCACCAUCGGAACGACUUUACGACUGAGUGAUAUUUUCAACACAGUGGCGGAUAGUCGCUGGUCUGAAAAUUCUAUGCACAAUCUAGUGGGUGUGGUAACAUACUAUGGAAAACAUUACUCAACGUUUUUCUUCCACACUAAACUAAGAGUGUGGAUUUACUUCGACGAUGCCACUGUCCGAGAAGUUGGACCUAGAUGGGAACAAGUGGUGGAAAAGUGUAGGAAGGGAAGAUACCAGCCUCUUCUUCUUCUGUAUGCCCUACCUGAUGGGACACCUGUUAACACUGAAAAUGCCCCUAAACAAGUUACUCCAUUUUUCAACGAUAAGGUGACAAAAAAACCUCCACCACAAUCGGUUUUACGACGUUCAAUCACACCCAGCCCUGAAAAACCCAUGGUGGGAAAUACAAGACGUGCCAUUACCCCCAACCCUGAUGGAUCGUCAUUAAACCAUCAGAAACCACCACUGCCAAAGCCUUACAACGAAUACCAAAAUCUUUCAAUAAUUCAAAAGAAUUUAUACGAAAACCACGUAGCAGCAGAUGUAGACGUGGUCGAUGGGUGCAUGGGAAGAAAAGAUCCUGAAUAUGUAACAAGAAAAUCAUUAGAUUUCAAUAAACCGCAAGUCGGCGUGCACAGAACCUUAAGCAAUGGCUCGUCUUCUGGAGUCGAGGGCAUGACUAUUCCAGAUCACAUGAAUAUUCCAAGAAGAAGAGAUAGUGGGAAUUGGAGCGGUGACCGUAAUAGUGCAUCAUCCGCUUCUUCAACGACAAUGGAAAAUCCUUACUUAUACCUUGUCGGUAAGGUACCAAAUGGAACAGGAAGUGUUCCGGGCAGUCCAACCAGAACAAAAAGUGAUUCUUCCAGUGGGAGCAGUGGAGUUUACGAUGCGGGAUACGACUCAUACUCUCUGUCCUCGAAUGACAGUUCUUCAAUGACCACUUUGCAGCAUCUAAUGAAAAUGGGGCACUUAGCAAAAAUUCCUGAAGAUUAUAAUAAUGUGUCAACAAAUCAAACGCUCCAGCAGAGCUGUGACGUACUGUGCGAUGAAGCAGACGAGCUUUUAGUAAAGUCUCGACAACUAGAAGAUGAACACGACUUAGUUCUAGCUUUAGCUUUGUGCAAUGCAGCAGCAACAAAAGCAAGAGCAGCCAUGAACGCUCCAUAUAACAAUCCGCAAACUUUAACUUUGGCCAGAAUGAAACAUAACACUUGUAUCAUGAGAGCUCGAAGCCUCCAUAGAAGGAUGACACAAUCCCAAAAUGCAAACAAAGAGAAUCCUCCUGAAAUUAGACACACUCGUGAAGGAAGUAGUGCAAGUGGUCGUCAUUCACGUCAAAAUUCUAGGGAUAAAGGCAACCAUUCCAGGCAAAAUAGUCGAGAGCUUUUGGUACCAGAGAAAGAAAAGGUACAAUCGUCAAAGAAUAUAGAAAUUUAUGCUACAUUACCCAAGAAGAAGGAUGCAUUGAAAAAUAAACUAACCAUAAACAUCGGCGAAGAUGACGAUUACAUUUUGUAUGACAAGCCUCCAAGUCGUGAAUCUCGAUCAAUAUUUUCAAGAUCAAAGAAUAAAGAUCAGAAAUUAAGGGAAAAGAGGUCGAGAAGUGAAGACAGAAACAAAAUAACUAGAGACUUUUCCAUUGCUCCUGAGAUAAUAACAGGAAAAGAUACUCUCAAAAAGGCGAAAGAGGAGAAGGAAGAGAAGAAAGAUAAAGAUGGCAAGUCAAAGAAACAGCACAAAAUUCGUCGCAAGCUACUCAUGGGAGGUUUGAUUAAACGCAAAAAUCGUAGCAUGCCCGACCUAACUGAUGCAAAUGCAGUGAAUGACGCCCCUACUCAUCCCCAACCACCUACAUCUACAGUAGAUGAUAGUAAUGUGGGCCUAAAAGGUGCAGGAGAUAAUCCAACUGGUAUGUGUGGAUAUUUAUCUGAAGGACAUUUAGAGUUUGCUGGAAACAACGCAAAUCCAAACUUGGAGAGGAGCAAGUUAAUGCGGAAGAGUUUCCACGGAAGUGCUGGAAAGAUUCUGACUGCAGCUAAAGUUCCGCCACCUCCGCCGCUCCGAACUACUUCCCAACUUAGCAAGUCUAAGUUGAAUGGCGGAGAAGUCUGUGACGAGAAUAGCGAGAGGCCUAAGUAUCCACUACCCAACGAUAUCAGUUUUUAUAAUGGCCCCGAAAACUAUCACUACAACGUAAUAAAUCAGGAUUAUAUGAACCAGGAGCCUGUUUCUUUGCCAUAUUAUCACGACAAUUCUUACAAUGAUGAUUCUUACUAUCGUGCUUCCCCUAACACUGUGAUUACUCGUGCAGAUGUGCAUCAUGAACAAAGUCCGAUACAGUCCACAGACUUGCAUAACACAGACAGUGGAGUAGAUGAAGUAGAUUGUCUUCCUCCUCACAGUCCUUUGCCGAUUUUGGACCUACCCCCGUACCCUAGUCCGAUGGGAUCGGUGGUGCAUUCAAGGCAGGCAAGUGAAGACUUCCCUCCUCCACCGCCACCUUUAGAUCUGUCAGCUCUUGACGAACACUUGCCCAAAUUGUCAUCGUCACCUAUACCACAAACACCCAGUACUCUCUUGACGGAAUUGCAAAUGAAACGUCAAGAAAUACUCUCUAACGAUGAAGUACAAAAAGCAAAUUCUAUAAAUAUUAAAUCGUCUGGUGAUACGUGGUUGAAAGAAUUGCAAGCUAAACAAGCUGCUCUGAGGAAUAAGAAGAUACAAAACGAUCAAGCACCUGAAGGUGUUGAUGUAGUAAAUACACAAAAGUACUUGCCAGGAGAAGCUAAAGUGAAAUCAGUUAAAGAUUUGGCUUCCAAAUUUGAAACUACCAACCAAAAGCAGAAUAUAGAAGUGGUUAAAUAUGCCCUUGCUGAAAAAGUUUCUAGUAACCUAGACGGUAUUAAAUGUGAUAGUAAUGGCGUAUUAUCAAUGAAAAAACGUGAGGAGUGUGAUCAUAUUGCACCCGAACAAAUUGCAGAGGAAAUUAGAGAAGUAGAGAUGUUAAACGCCACGGUACAAAAAACGUUAAAUGCCAAUCAGGAAUCUAGUGAGGAACAUAAAAAGAGAAUGUCGAAAAAGAAAAGCGUUUCCUUCUGCGACCAAGUUAUUUUAGUGGCUACAGCUGACGAACAAGAAGACGAUAGCUACAUUCCUAAUCCGAUUCUAGAGAGGGUACUACGAACAGCAAUGAAUAAGCCCGAAACAGCUGCUAUAAGGCAGGAAAUUUUCAACUUACGCGAGAAUGAAAAUAAGAAACUAGAGACACCUGAAAUACCUCUUAAUACGACCAGCGAAGCACAUUUCAAUCAACCACUGUACGUUAGGAGGAAUUCGGUAGACAAUCUCCUAGGUAGACAAGUUGAACAUGAAGUGCCCAAACAGCCCCUCCACAGACAAAGCCCUACUUGCAAUAUCCAGCCACAACCUACAAUUCCUCACAGCCAGAGUCCCGCUUUUAAUACACCUAAUACUCAUUACAAUAAUCAAAGUCCUCAUCAUUUUAAUGGUCAAAACGCAAUAUACGACUCAAAUAUGCAAUAUCAUGGACAUCCUACUUAUAACGGUUCUAGCAGCCAAUAUUAUGCACAAAAUCCUCAACCCGUACAACCUGUUCCGAGUCACCCGCAACUAUUACGACAAAACUCCCAUAAUGAAGUCCAAAGUUUGCAAUACAAUCGACAAAAUUAUCCUCCUGAUGCUCACUACAAUUACAACAACGUAUACGGCUGCCCAAACACUACCGGAUAUGAAACUCAGUGUACAGGAAAUUGUUCACCGAUCAACUAUAAUACUCAGCCCACAGCUUAUAGGCAGUCGCCCUAUCAGUUAAUUCCUCAAAAUUCACAAGCCUAUGCAACUUACUACUCUAACAACAGAGUAAAUUCUGCUACGAUACAAAGUAAUUUGCACCAGAACAGCCCGCAAUACUCCUCUUCCCCUCGAAACGCCUACUCUCCUCAAAUUAGACAGUCCACGCCAAGCCCCAUGAACGGAUACCCGAAUUACCAACAUCCGCCUUCGCCCGCUCCGUCCAGCGUGAGUUCUACUUAUAACUACCAACAAAACAUGUACCGAGGUCCAAUAGCAUGUGAAACAUCACUUCCUAGCAUGCCUUAUCAAAGGGUGCCACAACCGGUCGAUCAACCGAACUACAACAGACCUCAAGCAAACGAAUACGACCCGCAACAAAACAACUCUCCCUACCAAAGAGUUCCGCACCCAUCUGAAAGACCCGACGUCUACCAGAGGGUGCCGCCACCGCACUGUGAGCAAGACGUGCAGUCUUACAAACAGAACACACCUGGAAACUAUUCGCCAUAUCAGCACGUUUUACCGCCUAAGCAAAUCUUGAAAAAGACUGUUAGCUUUGAACCUGGCACUAAAGGCGGUAAUGAGUCGCCAACACCUAAAGCCGUCGUGACGCCUAUUAUAGUGAACAACGCGAACAACAGUGUGCCUACGGACAAGACUAAGUGCAAUCUGUGCCGGAAAAAGAACGUUGUUGCGUCUAACUUAUAUUGUCAGGAUUGCGAGUUUUAUAUGUCUAGGUUUAAGCCCCGCAGUUAGUUAGUAGAUGAUCCUUAAUUCUUUUUUACUGCAGUUUACUUCAAAAUUAUUAAGAUAUUUAAAUACAGUGAAAUACAAAGAAAUAAAAAACAGUAAUUUGUUUAUAACUUACAGAAAAAGUUUGUAACAAAACGAUUACUUAAGAUAAAGAAAUAUUCGAUGUGUAUAGUAAAUUUACGAAAUUUUACAAUUUAUCGUUUCUGUAGGAUGUUAAUAAAGUGAGAUUUUUACAUUUGCAUAUUUCUUAUUCAAAUAUUUUGAGAGCAAGAAGAAAAUUUCUGUAACGGGAGUUAUGGAUCACCCUGUAUAUAAUGUACAUAAGAUUUUUGUAAAAAAUAUUGUGAUAUUUUGUUCAAAUUUUAUAGAAGUUUUAUAUAGAUUAUUUAAAGAUCUCAUAGGACUUUUAGGGACAUUUAUACAUUAAAAUUUGUAUGU